AUGUGUAUUGAGGUUGACUAUCACUGCAUCUGCGGACUUUAUGCUCGGACUGAGCGUAUGGCAUGCGGAUUUUCUCUCAUGGAUCCUCUCGACCCAACCCAGGAGCAGACCCACCAAUUGCAUAAGCUGAACUUGGCUCUGCCCCGGGAUGAGUGGGAUGCUCGUCAGGGGCUGUGCCCUCAGGAAGGCUGCGCCCAGAACGACGAGCUACCCGGCGAGGGUGAGGGCGAGAGCCUGCUCAAGUGUCCAGGCUGUUCGACCCUCAUCGGCGAAGAUCAGCCGACUCCUGAAACAAUUAUCAACGGUGCCAAGUUCCUUGACCGUGCGCUAUGGGACUCCCAUGAAUGCGAAAUUGCCUUCUGUCCCUUCAACACGCCGUCGAUGAACCGAGCUAACCAGAACUUCAUUGCCUUUGUCGACAGGAUGCAGCGCGAACCUGAACCAUCUGAGGCGGUGUGGACUCCAGCUGAAGAUGAGCGAAUCCUUGACCUGGCCGGUCUGGGCGCUGAUGAAGAGCUCAUCGCGAAUAUGUUGAGUAGACCCGUCGCAGAAGUCCAGGACCGCUUGGAUUAUCUCCGUCUUCUUAAGGAGGUUUUUGGUUAG